AAAAACUCCACAUCCGAAUACUUAUUUGUUAAAAAAACCUAUUUGAACUGUUAAUCUUGAUCUUCGACAAUGGGGAUUAUAAAUGGAGGAGAAGAAAUCAUUGAAGAGAGAUCUUCUUCUUCGUUGCCAUUAUUAUCUCUGAAUCAUGUCUCCUUCAUCUGCAAAUCUGUACGUCGAUCUGUCAAAUUCUACGAGGAGGUAUUGGGAUUCGUGCUUAUCAGACGUCCUUCUUCUUUCGACUUCGAAGGCGCUUGGUUGUUCAACCAUGGAAUAGGAAUACAUUUGCUAGAAAUGGACACAACUCCAAGAAAGAAAGGAGUGAUAAAUCCAAAAGACAACCACAUUUCAUUUCAAUGCUCAGAUAUGGAUCUCGUAAUCAAGAAACUGGAGAAAUUGGGGAUCAAAUAUGUUACAGCAUUGGUCAAAGAAGGGGGUGUGGAGGUCAACCAAUUGUUCUUCCAUGAUCCAGAUGGUUACAUGAUCGAGAUAUGUAAUUGUCAUGUUCUUCCUGUUCUUCCAAUUUCUUCAUGCCCUCUUAAAAAGAUCCCAAACAUCUCACAAAUCAACCAUGGAGAUUCCUACGAGAAGAUGAGCUCCAAGAAUUACUUUUGUGGAGAAGAUGAGGCGUUAAUGAUGGAAAAUUUGAGGAUGAACGGCAAAAAAGGGCGACCGACAAUGGCCAAGUCAGACGGUGAUUGGAUAAUUGAAGUCGGCAGGUGUAACAGUUUAAGGCUUGAGGCUGUAGGGAACGGGAGUCAUUGA